AUGGCUUCAUCAAUGGUGGCGAGGCCCGCCCUCCUGCCUCAAUGCCCCUCGUGCAUACGGCGGGUGACGAGACAUGGACUGGGCGGAGCUGUCCAGCACACGCGCAACCUCUCCAAAGCGGCCAAGGAAACAAAGAAGAACAUUGCCGUGAAGCUGUUGGCCGAUGUCCCGAAAUUCGGCAAAGCAGGCUCAUACGUGCCCCUUAGUCGGACCACUAUGCGCAAUCGAUGGUUCCCUGCCCGCAUCGCCGAUUAUGUUACCCUGACCCAGCUGAAGCAGCUCAAGGCCCAGGGUGUAUUGAUUGAGCGCGACCUCACAUUUGGUGUUCCAGAGCCUCUCGAGGAGAUUGCCGACCAAGAUGACAGCUUCUUGCAGCAGAAGAAGCACUACGUGCGGCCAAUCGAGCUGGAGCUGCUCAGCCCCGAACGUUCCAUGGAGCUCAUCGAUACCUUCGUUCCACCUACCAUUGACUUCACCCGACAACUCAUCGAGCAGGAUAGCCCGGCGAAGCAGGACAGCAGGAGGCAUGGUGCAUCGGAAGCGGCUGAUAUCUUGUCGUCUAUCUCCUUCCAGGAAAAGCCAAAGGUGAACGUCAACUCGAUUUAUGGUUCUGUCUCGACUACGGAUGUCGCAAACACUAUCAAGGCGGCAUUGGCCCACAACGACGAGGCGGCUCGCGUGCUGCUCUCGGACAGCGACAUCAAAUUCAUCACUGGGUUCGAGGAGGACGAUACAUCACGGUUGAAGCAGGUGGGCUCGUUCAAGGUGGAAAUCCAGCUCAGCGGAGCGGAGGCGCCCCUGCUGCGGACCGUUCGCAUCCGCGCCAAAGAGUAG